CAAAGAGCGCUACUCACACUCAGUCUGCGCCACACAGGAUAUUUGACCUGAGGUCUGCUGCAAUGAUUCGCGCCUUUCUGAAGUCACGAUGUACAGUAGCGUGUGAUGGCAAAGGAGACGUAAAAGAUGUGAUCGCUCGGAUUUUUCUGAAGGGGCAACUUUUCUUUUAAAAACGCUGAACGCUACUCAUGCCACACGUGCAGCCUCAGCUCUCCUCCACUCGCUCUAGUGCCAAGGUUCAGUGUGCCUCGGGGCUUGUUUGGACAUGUAACCAGCGCUACAUCCCGCUGACAGCACAGACACAGAUCCGGGCUGACAGAGGAGAGGAGUAGCCCCAGUGAAGCACAGCCCUGUCAGCUGAACGCCCGGUGGUGAGGGGGGCCGGGGGGCACCAGGGACUAUGCAGCUUGGACUGGUGGCGCUGGCGAUGGUCUUCUUCAGCUCCAUGGGUCACAGCUCUCCAGACGUGCUCUCCAGGGUCAGACGCCAGAGAAGAGUCAGUACGGAGGGGCCCCCGUCUUGUCCCAAAGGCUGUGAUCGCUGCUCCGAGUACAACGGCUGUAUCAAGUGUAACCCAAAGCUCUUCAUCUUUCUGGAGAGGAAUGACAUCAGGCAGAUUGGGGUGUGCCUGGCCUCCUGUCCGGCCGGAUACUUCGGCAUGAGGAACCCCGAGGGCAACAACAGAUGCACGCAGUGUAAAGUAGACAAUUGUGAAACAUGCUUCAAUCGCAAUUUUUGCACAAAAUGUAAGGAGGGCUUGUAUUCACACAGUGGGCGGUGCUACGUGAGCUGCCCCCCAGGCCAGCAGCCAGCCAACGACACCAUGGAGUGCACUGAUCCUCGUGUUGCAAACUGUGAGCUGUCAGAGUGGAGUGAGUGGAGCACCUGCGCAAAGAAAAACAAAACCUGUGGCUUUAAAAAGGGCUCCCAGAGCAGGCUCCGAGUGCCACUGAGCCUGGCCCCCAGCACUGGCCCCUCGCCCAUCCCCUCUCCUGUCUGCACACCGCUCACUGAGAAGAGGAAGUGUGAGGUCGUCAAGACGCCCUGUGUCAAAGACAGAAAGAACAAAGGGGCCAGAACUAACCCUAACCGGAGGGAACGAGAGGGCACCCGUGGGAGAGGCCGAGGAGGCGGAGGCAAGAGGAGGAAAGGACACGUCAGGACAACCACCUCUCCAAGCCUCACCACCAGCUCCGUCACCUAAGCCCCGCCCCCUCUGCUGCUGACCGCUGGGCUUUAGACUUUCCCCAGCACACAGCGCCUCCUCCCCACACACACUCUCUGACUGACAGCUGUCGUGUCACGGACCACUGACUUCAUGCUGCUAUGUGUUAUUGAAGAUGCUCUACAGUGAUACAC